AUGCUGUCGCAACUUGUCAAAAGCCAUUUAGUCAAAGCCUCAGGCAAGCGAGGAUUUGCUACGACACUAAACGAGAAUUUUCUUCCAAAGAAGUAUGGCGGAAAGUAUAUAGUUACCUUGAUUCCCGGCGAUGGAAUUGGUAAAGAAAUCACAGAUUCGGUGAAGACAAUUUUUGCUGCAGAGAAUGUUCCUAUUGAUUGGGAGACAGUGGAGCUUUCGGGAGUCUCUGGUUCUGCUUCUCAGAUAGACGAGGCUGUUAUGUCUUUGAAGAGAAACAAGGUGGGACUGAAGGGUAUUACAUACACACCUAGCUCCCCUUUUGCAAAGUCAUUGAAUGUUGCAUUGAGAAAAGAGCUUGACAUCUUUGCUUCUUUAGUGCUGAUAAAGAACAUUCCUGGUGUUCCAUCUAAGCUUCAGGAUAUUGAUUUUGUUCUUGUCAGAGAAAACACUGAAGGUGAGUAUUCUGGCCUUGAACACCAGUCAGUUCCGGGUGUUGUCGAAUCUCUGAAAAUCAUGACCAAAUACAAGACUGAAAGAAUUGCUCGCUUUGCAUUUGAUUUUGCUAUCAAGAAUGAUAGGAAAUUGGUGACUGCCAUUCAUAAGGCCAAUAUCAUGAAGUUAGGUGACGGUCUAUUCAGAUCUACUGUAAAAGAAGUUGGUCUUGCAGAAUACCCAGGAGUGGAGGUCAAGGACAUGAUUGUUGACAAUGCUUCCAUGCAAGCCGUUUCUUACCCUCAACAAUUUGACGUUAUGGUUACGCCAAAUUUGUAUGGAUCCAUUUUGUCCAACAUUGGUGCCGCCCUGAUUGGUGGACCAGGAUUAGUGCCGGGAGCAAACUUCGGUAGAGAGCAUGCCGUUUUUGAGCCUGGCUGCAGACAUGUUGGUUUGGAUAUCAAGGAUAAAAAUGUUGCCAAUCCUACCGGUAUGAUCUUGUCUGCAACCAUGAUGUUGAGACAUCUUGGAUUAGAUCCUUAUGCGGAUAAAAUUGCUAAGGCAACCUAUGACGUUUUGGCUGAAGGUAAAGCAGUGACGCCGGAUAUUGGGGGAAAUGCUACCACUACCGAAUUUACUGCGGCAAUUCUAUCAAAACUCCAGUCUUAA